GCCAUGGCCCCAAUGCGGGGUCUCCAUCCGGCAAUACCCGCCGUGUCCUGAGAUAUUACGGCUGUGUUUCUCCCCGGAGAACCUUCCAAUUCCAUAUUUCACCAGUUGUACACUCCAGGGCAUCAUUGCAUCAUUAUGACUCAGGCUGCGUCUCUGCCCUCUGCUCCAGUGAUCCAUCUGGGAGCUAAUAUUGUCCUGCAACCCCCGCUUUCUCGAUGCGGACGUGGACCGGGUUUGAUUAUCUUGCGGCCUAGCGGCUUUGCAGACUAUCAGCAGAGAAACGACAGUCUGGACCCGGAGCCAUUGCAGAAAUGGGCGGAGGAAAGCUAUGUGGUUGUUCAAAUCAGUCUUGAUUCGCAAUCGAGUGGUGACAAGGCGCGUGUUGCUAGGCUGGUCACGGCGGGGAUUGAUGCUCUUGUCUCGUUGGCGGAAUGUGAAACGAAGGAUAAGUUUGGUUUAUUAGUUUACGGGUCCCAGAAGGAUUAUGCGCCGGAGUUUGUUGAUGCAUUUCGGACUGUCGUAACCGACAGUGAGCGCAUUGCUGCUACCAUUUCCUUCGAUUCAUGGGAUAUCACAAUUCAGAAGGCUGCACUGCAGCACGUCCCUGGCAAGCCUGAUAAUAGCGUGAAGCACGACAACUUGACUGUGUACGCAUAUCCUGAAACGUUGUCUGCUGGAUUCAUUGUCCCUGGACAUGUUGAUUUCAAGACCUCGUCAGCUGGAGUUGCACAUACUCGAAGCCUGACCUUCAUCAAAAAGAAAUUGGGAGGUCCCUACUUCGAUCUCGAGAAGAUCUGGGAAGAGCAUGCUUACUAUGAAUUUGGAGACCGGUCAGUGGAGAAGACGAUGUCAACCAUGGUGCAGGAACCCUAUGUGAACCACAUCCCGACGCUCACAGGAGGAAUUGGCCGUGCUCGUUUGAGCAAGUUCUACCUGAAUCAUUUCAUUUUCAACAACCCUGAUGACACGGACUUGGAACUCAUCAGCCGCACAAUUGGCAUUGACCGGGUUGUUGAUGAAUUCAUCUUCUGCUUUACUCAUGAUAAAGUGGUUGACUGGCUUAUUCCCGGCAUCCCGCCCACCGGAAGGCCACUACGGAUCCCGAUGACUUCGGUUGUGAACAUUCGGGGGGACCGGUUGUAUCAUGAGCAUAUUGCCUGGGACCAGGCGACAAUUCUCGUCCAAUUGGGGUUGUUACCAGAGUACCUCCCCUUCCCUUAUGCUCUUCCUGACGGAAGGCAGCCAGCUUCGGGAAAGAGAUUCGAGUAUCGUGUCCCGGCCGCUGGGGUAGAAUCUGCGACCAAGUUGAAGGAUGAGCAUUCUGUUCCAUCGAAUCAGAUGUUUGAGUACAGGGUACGUGAGGUUGAUAAUGAGUGAAUGUGCUUUACGUAGUUAGCCAUCAUCUGGUCUUUCCUAUUGUCCACUUUGCAUAAUCUCUGUAAUGUAUCGGGCUCGUACUCUAUACUCCGGAGAUAUCGGACUCCGAUUUCCUGCAGAAGAUCGGCAAAUCGGUCUCGGAAUAACUGCGGGGAAACCGCGGUUCGCUUCACCCGGC